AGGAAAGGUCGCGCGUGCAGUGGGAGGAUCUUCUCGAGCUGCUCAUUCUGUCAUUGCGAAUGUCUGGACGACGUGGACCUUCAACUCUACACUAACUUUAUUUUCUUCUUCUACAAAGUGUUUCAUUUUAUGCAAACUAUAAAGCGAACCAGUUCUAAUCCGUAUAGACGCGGGUUAGGUUUGUUUGUUUGUUUGUUUGUUUGUUUUCCCCUAGACAAACACUUUAUUUAACUUUAUUAUUUAUAGAAAAAGAGUUCAUGUAGAAAAAGCUGUUGGACUUUUUUUUGGGGGGGGAAAAAAACUGAAAAAAAUAAAGCUGAUGUAGAGUUAAACAUCCGGAUCUUUUUGGGUUAUUUGUUUUGUAGCUGGGCGUCUUGUUAAUAGACGCCUAAGAGUGAAUUCCAUCAGAGUUAUUUAUUAAGAAGGGAAUAGAAAUCCAAUAGAAAUGGGUUUGCACCCGUUGGAGUUCAGUGAGUGUUACCUGGACAGCCCGACUUUCAGGGAAAAAAUCAAAGCUCAUGAAGCAGAGCUGGAUAAAACCAACAGGUUUAUUAAAGAGCUUUAUAAAGACGGGAAAAAUCUCAUCAACGCCACUAAACAGCUCUCUCAGGCCCAGCGUAAGUUUGCUCAGUGUCUGAAGGAUUUCCAGUUCGAGUACAUCGGCGACGCAAAGACUGACGAUGAAAAGUGCAUCGAUGAGUCUUUACAGGAGUUUUCCGCCUUUCUCAGAAACUUGGAGGAUCAGAGGGAGCUGAUGAUGACGAACAUUACAGAGACACUGAUGAAGCCUCUAGAGAAGUUUCGGAAGGAGCAGCUCGGUUCAGCCAAAACAGAGAGGAAGAAAUACGAGAAGGAAACUGAGAAGUAUUACACGUCAUUGGAGAAGCUCUUAAACAUGUCGGCGAAGAAGAAGGAACCACAGUUGCAAGAGGCAGAUGGAGCAGUGGAGACGAUGAGGCUGCACUUUCAGGAGGAGUCUUUGGAGUAUGUGUGCAAGCUGCAGGAAAUCCAGGAGAGGAAGAAGUUUGAGUGUGUCGAGCCUAUGCUGGCUUUCUUUCAGACCAUGUUCACUUUCUACCAUCAGGGAUACGAGUUGGCCAAAGACUUUGAUCAUUACAAACGAGCCCUGCAGAUCAAUAUUCAGAAUACACGGAGCCGUUUCGAGGGCACUCGUUCUGAAGUGUUUGAACUGAUGAAGAAGAUAAAGGAGGCUCCACAGGACUACAGACAGACCAGCCGCAUCAGCAGCGAGGGCUAUCUCUACGUACAAGAGAAACGUCCUCCUCCUUUCGGCUCCAGCUGGGUGAAGAGGUACUGCACCUUCGUCAAGGAACAGAAAAUCCUCCACAUGAUCACGUACGACCCCAAAUCCGGCGGCAAGUGUGGUGAAAACGAGUCUGUUACACUGAAAUCCUGCGUGAGGAAAACUACAGACACACUGGACCGCCGAUUCUGUCUGGAUAUAGAGAUUACAGACCGCCCCGCCAUCGUGCUCACAGUCCAGGCACUUUCUGAAGAUGACCAUAGAUUUUGGAUGCAGGCGAUGGGAGGCAAAGAGCCGGAUCACCAUCUUGGGAAAAUAUAUUCAAAAGAAAGCGGAAUCGACGCGCAGCUGGACGACGUGGGUGUGAGUUUUGUGAGGAAUUCCAUCAACGCUAUUGAGGCCAGAGGGAUCAAUGACCAGGGCUUGUACCGAGUGGUUGGGGUCAGCUCCAAGGUGCAGAAACUUCUCAGUCUGAUGAUCGAAGAAAAGAAUACUGAAAUAGACUUGACCACGUGUGAAGACUGGGAUGUCAAGACCAUCACUAGCGCUCUGAAACAGUUCCUGAGAAGACUUCCCGAGCCGUUAAUGACGUACGCCCUGUAUAAGGAGUUCAUUGUCCUUGCGAAGUGUGCGAGUCCGGAGUCCCGCGUUCAGGCUAUCCACUGUUUGGUGCACAGGCUGCCGGAGAGGAACCGAGAGGUGUUGAGUUUAGUCACCAAACAUCUUGCAAAUGUGGCAGACCACAGCAAGCAGAACCUGAUGACGGUAGCGAACCUGGGCGUGGUGUUCGGUCCUACCCUCAUGCGGCCUCAGGAGGAGACCGUGGCGGCCAUUAUGGACCUCAAGUUCCAAAACAUCGUGGUGGAGAUUUUCAUAGAGCAGCAUGACAAGAUAUUUGGAGAUGCUCCGAGCGAUUGUCCGUCUUCAUCUCUCUCUCUGCUCACCGCUCCAACGCGUCAGUCUAAGAAGCAGGCACGCCAGGGCCGCCCGCUGGCUGUGUACAACCCUCUGGACAUCCACACAGUGUCUCCGUCCUCUGAGAACGUCUCUCCGACCCCCGAUGAAGCCUCUCUGAGCAGUAACGAGUCCGUAUCCUCGCAUUCCUCCACGGGGUCAACCUCAGAAACCCCUCCGGAGAAAACCAAGAAUCCCCAUGGCAACACCGCGGCCAACCCCCAGAACUCUGGAGGGGGCUCAGGUAUGGCAUCGUGGAUGAUCUCUACUCCUACUUGUUUAACACCUCAGACUGAAGCUGCAGACACAGAAGCAGCAGCAGCCGGAGCACAGACGGAUAAAUGUGCAGAAAGUGUCACUCUCAUGAAAGCCAAGGCUGUGUACCCCUGUGAAGCCGAGCACGAUUCCGAACUCUCCUUCCAGGUCGGGGCAAUCUUCCAUGCUGUGACUCCAUCUCGGGAACCUGGCUGGUUGGAAGGUGAGCUGGAGGGCAAACGAGGCCUCAUCCCUCAGAACUACGUGGAAAUACUACAACAAACGGACUAAGCUAAAUCAUAUCUACAUACAUACAUACAUACAUAGAUACACGGGAAUUUAAUAUACAUGGUAUCCAUGGUGUGCCCUUGACCUCUUCCCCAGCUUACUUACACGAUCUGCUGACACAUCCAGGAUGUUUCUAGGAGUCGACUUGCUCCUCCAACCGUUUGUGUCGUUUUAAUAGCAGAAGCCGCGUCACAAGUUAAAAACUGUACAUAUUAAAUGUGUUUGAAGGGUGUUUUUUUUUCUGCAUGUUUUUUAACUAGCUUGGCUUUAAUGCAUGGGUGUAUAAAACUAUUUUAUGUUAUUUAACUGAAGCAGUUCCUUUCAUUCAAGUGUGUUUGUUCAAAGUGAAUAUUCGUAUAUAUUCGUGUGUACAUUAUAGAAAUGUUCAAGCACUCCCACACGCCAGCGUCCACCUCAAGUGUUUGUCCUGAUGAUUGGUUUUUCUCGCCAUGUUUUAUUCUCCUGAGGCUUUUUUUUUUUUCUUCUUUUUUUUUGGUGCUUUGACGCCGUCCAAGAAUCUGGACAGAAUUUGUGUGUUUUUUUUUUUUUUUUUACAGUGUGUACAGUACACGAUGAAAAGAUUUAAUACUAUGAACCCAAACCAUUUCAAGAUGCCUGUAAAUGCAGCAUUGCCAAGUCUUGUACACACAUUUAUGCAUCCUUAUUAUUAUUAUUAUUAUUAUUCCCUAAACACCGUUAAAGCUCAAGUGCCUCCAGAGUCCUUACGGACGUUCACAGUUUCUCACGCAGCACCGUUUUAAUUUCUUUCUUUAUUUCGUUUUGUUUUAUUGUCUAACAGUGUUUUCUUCAUACGGUUUAUAUUUGUGACUGAGCUCCGUGGCGCUUGUGUAAGACAGUGAUUUAUGGCUCGGCACCGCUCUGAUUUUCGUCUUGUUGGAAAAGCUGUCGAUCGAUGUUAAACAAAUAAACGCUUUUUAGUCCUC